GGGACGAUAGAAACAAUUCAUUUUUCGAAGCCGCAGGAUGUAAAUCAAAAUAUUAGUUAAAUGAGAUUUGUGAGAUCCAGGAAGUCUUUCAUUUUUCUCAGCUUUGGCUUUGUAAUACUGCUUUUUCUUGUUACACAUUGGAGAUCAUACAAACUUCUUGUUGAAAAAACCCACGACGAAAGAGUGACACAUGAUCAAAACAUUAAGCUUGGAAGUCAUGAUCAGCUGAGCCGAAAGAUGACCCAGCAAAACUGCUCGCCGGAAAGUGGCUUGCAAACAUCCGCCCACUGCAAAAAGAAAGGUGUUUUAGGGGUGGCACCCUCAAACGCAUCAAGUUAUCAGCCUAACCAACUGGGCUUCUUUGCAUGUUUUGAUGGAGAACUGAGCAUCAGUUGGGCAUUUGUUAAUGAUGAUUACUGUGAUUGUCCCGAUGGUAGUGACGAACCAGGUACCGGAGCAUGUCCAAACACCAGAUUCUACUGCAUUGGUGAAAAUCGUUACUUGCCUUCUUCUCGCAUCAAUGAUGGAAUAUGUGACUGUUGCGAUGGAUCGGAUGAGUGGAAGAAAGAGACAGUCAGAGAAGAUGUGUUACAGAAACAUAACUUUGACAUUAAAUAUGUGCCCUGUGCAAACUUCUGUUGAUGGCAGUUUUACUGCACAGUAGAUAGUUGAAACUUUAGUGGCAGAUUUCUUUUGGAUGAAAAAAAGUAAGCUCUGUAGUUCAACAUCCAGGUGAUGAUAAUUUAACUGUUUCUCUCUGCAAAAGUAAAAGCACUAUCUUCUUAAAACUGACUUUAAUUCGACAUAAAUGAGCUGACAGACAGAGAAUUGAUCUAAACUUACCUACAGUUGAUAAGCGACCUUCCGAAUUGUCAAAUCCAGGUGGUCGCUUAUUUGAAAUGGUCGCUUAUGUGAAAUGGUCGCUUAUCAGAGGUCAGGCCACAGAAGGUCCAUAUUUCAGGUAAUUUGCAUAUGAUGAUUGCACCCUUUUGCCAGCACUUAUCAAAACCUAUUGCAAUAACUUUUAGCAACUUAUUCAAGGGAAAAAUAACUUAGAUCUCUGGUGAUUUUUUAGUAUUUCGGGAAACGCUUCCAUUUGGUCCAUUUUUAAGAUAUCUGUUGAAACAACUUUCAGUUUCAUCCUUCAUUACAAAUGUUCAUAGUAAUGGAACUUAGCAAGGUGCUAACCUUCAGUCACAUAUCACAUACCAUCACAGGUCCAUUAAAUAUUUUAAGAAGGUAUAAAAUGCACAAGGCAUCAAGACCAGACUCUGAACAACAGCAAAAUGAGCCUAAACCAGGCACUUUAUAGGAUGUUAAGAACUUUUCAAUUUACUUGGAGUAUUGGGGGGCAUUCAUGAACCAGACUUAAAUUGUACCAAGGUGGUAAAUAACUGUUGGGCAUAUUUUUCAAUGCAAUAGAAAUUCAUGACCCAUGCAAAUUUUGGGUUACUCAUAAGAAAGCCCAAUUUCAAAAUAUACAAACCCCCUGCGACAUUCCAAUUACCAAGCCUUGCAUGUUGAGUGGAUUGAACAUUUUUUUGUGUGAACAUGAGUGGGUCCUGAGUUAUUUGAAUGCUGCUGUGUGUAAGUAAUUUUGAAAAGAAACCACUUUAAAAAGUGCUAGUAACUAAAACUGAAUUUAAUGUCUGAACCAUGGGAGACCAUCAGGACAUUACAAGGCUUCUUGUCUAACAAAUACAUCUUUCAGUAUUUGUGUUUGCCAAGUGUUGUAAGAUUCAUUGCUAUUGCUACGCAUCAAAGGUGAAUUUAUCAACACAGUCUACAAGUCUUGCACCAUUUGAGUUUAUAAUUCAAAGGCAGAGCUUCAGUUGAACUUAAACUAAGACUGAUUAAGCUGAGAAUUUAACCUCCAUACCUUAGGCUAACAUCAAUAUCUAAAUUCUCCACAUGCUUCUCCCUACAUUUUCUUUGGUACUGACUAGGAGAAAUUUUUUAACAAUCAAA